CAAACAAACCUCGGUUCUGGGGCUUCCAAACCUCGGACCGAGCAUGAGUGAGACGUCCGAAGGCUCGGGUACUUCACCAAACCCACCGAGUCCUCGGUCCAUCCUCGUCCCCAAGUCCGCUCGGUGCUUCACGUCUUGGUGCUUCCAAACCUCGGUCCCCAGGGUCCGGCCGCUUUCGCCGGAACCUCCGAACCGAACCGAACCCGACGCGGAACCCGACGCGCAGAGUGCGGUCCGUCAGCGGUGCGUCCAGACGGUUCAAGAUCCGACCCGCCCGGGGGCCGACGCGCGGAGAUGGUGAAGGUGAAGGCCUACGAGCUGCGGUCCAAGACCUCCAAGGAGUUGCUGAAGGAGCUGGAUGACAUGAAGUCCGAGCUGGCACAGCUCCGAGUGGCCAAGGUCUCCGGCGGUGCGGCCUCGAAGCUGGCGAAGAUCAAGGUGGUGCGAAAGGGUAUCGCCCGGGUCUUGACCGUCUACAACAUGAAGCAGAAGGCGGAAGCGCGAAAGCAAUACAAAGGCAAGAAGUACGUGCCCUUGGACUUGCGCCCCAAGAAGACCCGCAAGAUCCGUCAAGCUCUCAAGGCCGAGCAGAAGUAUGCGAAGACCGCCCGGACGAAGACCCGCGAGAGCAACUUCCCCAUGCGCCGCUUUGCUGUCAGCAUGUGAGAGCGGCCUUCCUGCCCGACCGAACGGACGAGAUCUUGCACCCAACAAAAAAGGGGGGGACGCGAUGUGGCGCAUGGUGGGGGGGG